GCUUCACGGCUCCUAUUGUUGUUGUUUGCUAUUUUCCUCUCAAAAUAUUAUAUUUUCUUAUACUUUUAUUCACUUAAUCUCGUGUGAAAUGGAUUUCUCUCCGAUCAACUGCCUCAUUUUCGACUUGGAUGACACAUUAUACCCUCUGAAAACUGGAUUGGCGCCAGCUGUCAAGAAAAAUAUUGAUGAUUUUCUAGUGGAGAAAUUUGGAUUCCCAGAAAGUAAAGCUUCAAGUUUGAGAGUUGAGCUCUUCAAGACGUAUGGAAGUACUCUUGCGGGUCUCAGGGCGUUAGGUCAUGAUGUGCAUCCUGAUGAAUAUCACAGUUUCGUGCACGGAAGAUUACCAUAUGGCUCGAUCGAACCAAACAGCAAGCUACGUAACCUUCUGAACAAAAUCAAACAGAGGAAAAUUAUUUUUACGAAUUCGGACAGGAACCAUGCGGUCACGGUUCUGAAGAAACUGGGGUUAGAAGAUUGUUUUGAAGAGAUGAUUUGUUUCGAAACAAUGAACCCGAAUUUAUUCGGAUCCGGAUCAACAACAGCACGAUCCGAUGAACACCCCGUCGUUCUUAAGCCUUCGUUGGCCGCUAUGGAUAUUUGUAUUCGUGUAGCCAACGUUGACCCUCGCCGAACAGUGUUUUUGGAUGAUAAUAUCCACAAUAUUACCGCGGGUAAAUCUGUCGGGCUCCGCACAAUCCUGGUGGGGAGAGCAGAAAAGACGAAAGAUGCGGAUUACGCGGUGGAGACGGUAACUGAGAUAGCUACAGAAGUGCCGGAGAUUUGGACGACGGCAAAAGCUAGUAAGGGCGGGUAUGACGCCGGGGGUGAGAGGAUCAGAAGGAGCAAGAGUGAGCUGGAGGGUAUGGCUUCAAUCACAGCCGUCGGUGCUUGACGCGAUGAAGUGAGCGUAUGGUGCGGGCCGUUGGAUCUUUUAACGUCUAGUAGUAUGUUGGGUUUGUUGUACAGAUAGGCGUUAAAAAAUGUUGAUAAUGAAUGUGAAUAGAAUAAAUAAUAAUAGUGGUGGUGGAGAAUAUGCAUCCCAUGUGGACACUAAUUGUGAAUACGCAAUCAGAUAUUAUCAUGUAAUGUCGACAAAUGACAAUGAUUCCAUAUGUUGUACAUUUUUAUGUUUUAACUAAAUUUUAAGUUUUAAAUGAA